AUGAUCCUACCACCCAUUUUCCCAUCAGUUAGCCAGCAGCCCUGCAUCCUGCAGAAAUACCCUACACCCUUUCAUCUAGUCCCAAUGAUGAAGUUCCCACCAUUUCCCCGUCGAGUAGCAAGUCAAGUGAAGAUGAUGGAAGCACAAGAUGGAGCCAAAGUCUACAAAAAGCCCAGGGGAGCAACCCAGCCACACAAAGAGUGCCAACGUACCCUGUUGACCACCGAGACAGAUGUCCUGUCCCUAGGCACGAACUUCGCUACCCCACCACGCGCCGUUCCCCCAGCCGACAUCAUCCAAGCCACGGAACCUACCAUACGGAAGCGUGACAAGACCACAGCCGAUAAUAUCCGAGUCAAGAUCUACCAAGCACUCCUACACGCCAAACCGAUCAAGUCCAACCUCACGAGACCCGAAGUUGAAGCCCUCUGUGAUCUCUGCAGCGACAAGUCCAUACACACCAUCACGGCCGACAAGGGCAAUGCCACCGUGGUCAUGGACCGUGUGGCUUACUCAAACAAAGUACAAGACAUCCUCACAUCCGGCACCUACCGCCCCCUACCCAAGGACCCCACUCAAGCCAUCGAGAAAUGUAUCACCAGCCACCUCCUUGCCCUCCUCCACUCUGACUCCAUCCCAGGAGACUUGUACCAUCGCUCCGGCUCACCGACCUAUGAGACCAUCCACUUCCUGACUGGCUUCCUCCAGCCCCGGGUCGGCAACACACCACACCAUAUCUCCAACUCCACCCAGUUGGUUAAGCUCAUGAGAAACCUGUCACUCCAGCCAACCGACAUCAUGAUUGCCGACCUCAUCGGCCUCUGCGUUCCUUCUAGCUACUUCAAGUUCCAAGAUCAGUUCUACGAGCAGACAGCUGGGACCUCCAUGGGAUCCCCGAUAUCCCCGGUCCUCGCUAACAUCUUCAUGGAAGAAUUCGAAACAUCAUCUCUCCUCACUGCCGACCUCAAACCCACCAUUUGGCUGCACUAUGUUGACAACACAUUCAUCAUAUGGUCCCAUGGUCAAGAUCACCUCCAAGAAUUCCUCAAGUACCUCAACAAGCAACACCCCACUAUCAAGUUCACCAUGGAACAAGAACAAGACGGAUACCUCUCCUUCUUAGAUGUUCACCUAUUCAGAAACCCAGACGGCACCCUCAACCACCGCAAACCCACCCACACCGACUGGAAUCUGCACCAGAAAUCUUUCCACCACCCAGCCAUCAAGACCUCAGUCAACCGCACCCUGGUCCGCAGAGCCUACGAGAUCUGUGACCAGAACAACCUACACCAAGAACUCCACCACUGCAAGUCUACCCUCAAGAUGAACGGCUACCGCAACCAAUGUAACAACCUUUCCAAGCCCUCCCCCAGGAUGUUAGGGUCUCCUAUACCCGAAGUCCCCCCGUCCCCCAUGGCAUUAGGGUCACCUAUACCCGAAGCCCCCCAAACCCCCACCGCCACAGUAUGCCUACUUUACCUGGGCCCCACCUCCCACUAA